CUUUGUUAUGUUCUGUUUUGCUUUGCUCUGCUUUGUUUUGUUUUGCCAUUCUUCGUCCCAUUUUUUGCCUUUUUCCCCUUCUUCAUUUUUUUUCCUUUCCACAUUCGCGUUUCCCGUUUUGCAUUUCCCCGGAGAGACUUCACCAUCACUGGGAAGAAAUAAAAUAAAAAGAAAUCCAAAGGAAGAGAAACGAACAAAUCGACAUGGUGGCACGUGUGUAGACGUUUCUGCACAAAUUUUUUAAACCAUGCCACGUAUGCCCCUGUGCAUGCAUAUGCGCGCGCUCGCAGGCUUACCCAUCAUUGUAUAUCGUCCACAUGAAUAAUUUUCUGUCCUUCCUUUUCGUGACACUUCUGAGCGCCUUCAUUUAUGCAUGUUACCUGUACUGCCUCCAAAAUGAAUACCUAAACAGCUACGGCCGCACCGUGCGCAUAACCCUGGGAGCACUGAGCGCCCCCUUUUUUGUCUGCUACUAUUGGUCCUUUUUAAAGUGCUCCUUUAACAACCCCGGAUACGUGGACACUACGUGGGAAGCAAACGCAGAAGAAAACAACAUACAGAUCGAAAAGCGGAAAAUUAGGAACUACACGCCGAAUAAGUACACUAUCUGCGAUAAGUGUAACUUUCUCGUGAGGCCAGAGAGGGCCCACCACUGCCGGUCCUGCCAGAGAUGCGUGCUGAAGAUGGACCACCACUGCCCGUGGAUAGGCACCUGUGUGGGCGAGAGGAAUUUGAAGUUUUUUUUCCUCUUUUUGUCCUACGGGCUGCUCACAACGCUGUACAUUGCCAUUACGAUUAGCCCCAAGUUUAUACUGGCUCUACACGAAAGCGAAAGCAACAAGAUGAACUGCCAGUACGUCUAUUUCAUUUCUCGUAACAUCACUAUAAUAGAGUCGUCGUACACGGAUAAGGUGUUUGGCGAAUUCAAGUGGAAGUGGUUCUUCCCCCUCACCCCCGAAAAUCUCUACCCGACCAAAGACUACCUGUACCCGCUGAACGACAUAUACCUCAACAUCAACAACGUCGAUAUGGAUGACUCAUUUUUAGCUAGCCAUAACGAAAGUUCGAAAGAGGAAAACGUUUGA